UGGAGAUUAUGACAUUAGUACAAUUAGUUUUAUCCAGCAUAAUGGUAAAUAUUGUGACUGCAGAAUUUUCAGCAGAUGAUUGUAAAAGCUUAGGUUUCAAUAAAGCUAAUUUACUCUGUUCUACAUGUGAAGAAUUUAAUAAAAAUGGUCUCUCAGUAAUAUGGGACAAGUGCAAAGAAUGUUGCUUAAAAGAUGAUGAUUAUGAUGCCUCUGGAUUAAAACGUUAUCCACGAGCUAUUCUUGAAGUGUGCACAUGUAAAUUUGGUGCAUAUCCACAAAUUCAAGCUUUCAUAAAGAGUGAUAGACCUAGUAAAUACAAGAACUUGCAAAUAAAGUAUGUUAGGGGCUUAGACCCAAUAAUUAAGUUAAUGGAUGCAGACAACAAAAUUGAAGACAUUCUGGAUAUUCAUAAAUGGGAUACAGAUUCUGUUGACGAGUUUCUAGCUACUCAUCUUUCUAUGGAUUAAUGUCAUUUAUAACUGUAUACACUGGGACUUAUACCUGUAUUGUAUCUUAUAUGUAAAUAAUUACAUUUUCUACACAAUU